UGUUAGGAAUGCGAUCGCUUUUAAACCACGACCAGUGGCAAAGCAGACAGAAAUAAUUUAAAAUCGCUUGUUGCUGGCAGUCAGCUCAACAGUCAACAUCAGUGAUUUUCUCAAGGUGCUCUCGCUCUACUUUUCCUUAACUCUGUUGUCCAAACGAAAAUCUGGGCAGCUGCAGUUUUGGAUUUAUCCUGCAACAAUAUACGCGUGCAGAUCAACAUUCUUUUCCUUGGUUACGUUCCUCAAUCAGCUGAUCAUAAAAAAUGGACAUGAUGCCCAUGUAUUUCACCCUGGACUAUCCCGCACACAUCCUCUUCAAGCCCUGGUCGCCGCAGACCACGGGGGAGAUGGUGGGCGCCUGCGUGGCCAUCUUCAUCAUCGCAUUCUGCUUCGAAGCGCUGAAACUCUUCCGUCGUGUCUUGUUCAUCUGGGACGCCCGUCGACAGCGUGAUGACUUUUCCUCGCCUGCGGCUCCCGCGGGGGAGGUGGUCGUGGUGACACCCCGUUGGCGCGGGAUGUUCCGUCCCAUGCACGUGUUGCAGACGGUGCUGACGGGAGUGCAGUUUGUGCUGGGCUACUUCCUCAUGCUGGCCGCGAUGACGUUCAGUGUGUGGCUGUUUGUGGCUAUGAUCGCUGGGACGAUGGUGGGCUACUUUGCCUUCCAGUGGUAUCCUGCAGCGCCCGGAUAUUUCCCUCUGCAGAACGAGCAUUGCCAUUGAUUUCCGGUGGAAAAUUUAUUUUGGACAAAAAAACUCCCAGUGUUCACUUUGUGCAUUGUACCUGCAAAUUUUUCAAGGUGACUUUUUUCUAAUCGGCUGGUUUAUUCGCGUAAUUAUCAUUGUAUAUGAUUUCCUUGUUCUUAUUAACGUCUGUGAUAGCUCGCUUUCUGCAGUCUGUAAUGAUUAAUGAAUAUGAAUUGUUUGCACAACACGCCUAGCAAGUGUAUUGACAAACACGUUCCGUCUCGAACAAUGAUUAAUCUGCUAUG